CCUUCAUAACCAAGUCCACCCAGCAAGUAGCAACCUAGCGAGCAGUCAUGGUGAACCUCACGCCCAACGCUGUGUCGAUGCUGUACCACAACCAGGCGCCCGAUGGCUUUGAGCCAUGGCUGCAGAUCAUCGACACCAAGAAGAUUAAACCGGCCAGCGGUACGGGCGGCGACCGAUACCGCAUCGUACUAUCGGACGGAACGUCCUACCUCAGUGGAAUGCUCGCAACCCAGUUGGCUCCGAUGAUGGAAAACGAGAGUCUCAAGACAAACUACGUGCUACAACUAAAGGAUUACCUCGGCAAUGAAGUGCAGGGCCGCAGGAUCAUCAUCGUGCUUAAAGUCGGCGACAUCGUGCCGCACUUUGACUGCAUUGGAUCGCCUCAGAACAUUGAUGGCUCCAGGGGUCCACCCGUCCCCACUGCUCCUGCGGCCUCUGUCCCACCCGCAGCGGCUCUUGGUGCGAGACCUGCUGCACCCGCACAACCUUCCUACCAGCAGCAAGCCCCCACCAAUCCGUACCAACAGCCUCCUGCUGCUCCGUCCAGCUACGUGCCGCCUGUGAAGCCUGCCCCAUCCACGUAUAACCGCGGGCCUGUCGUGCGUCAAGACCCGAAUGUUCGUCUCUCGGAUAUCCAGAGUCUGAACCCGUACGCGGGUGGACGCUGGACCAUCAAGGCUCGUGUGACGACUCGCUCUCCGAUCAAGAACUGGACCAAUUCGCGCGGCUCCGGCAAGCUCUUCAGCGUUGACUUGCUUGACGCCAAGAAAGGUGAGAUCCGCGCCACUUUCUUCAAUGACGGUGUGGACAAGUUCUACGAAAUGCUGCGUCCUGGUGGCGUCUUCUACUUUGCUGGUGGCAAGGUCAAGAUGGCCAAUCGUCGCUUCUCGUCGGUGGAUAACGACUACGAGGUGACUUUCGACCCGCACUCGGAGAUUUCUCCAGCCCCGGAAGACGGACAGAUCUCGCAGAUGCAGUAUGUUUUCAAGAAAAUCGCCGAAAUCGAAAAUGUGCCGACCGAUGCCAAUGUGGAUAUCAUUGGCGUCGUGCGAGACGUCAGUCAAGUGACUGAGCUCACGUCCAAGGCGGGCAAGCAGCUUUUCAAGCGUGACAUUUCGCUCGUCGACGACUCCAACGCCGAGAUCAAGUGCACGAUGUGGAAUGAGCAAGCUCAGCAGGAUUGCUCUAACUGGCUCAACCAAGUGUUGGCUAUCAAGGGCUGUCGCGUGAGCGAUUACAAUGGACGAUCGAUCAGCACAGGGGGGAGCUCGAGCAUUACUGUCAAUCCAACGAUUCCUGAAGCAGGACACCUUGUCACGUGGUUCUCCAACGGUGGCAAUGCGACGCAAACAAAGUCUCUCAGCUCCGGUGGUGGCGGCUUCGGUGGUGGUUCGCUUGGCAGCUUUUCCGAGCGUGCGGUCAUCAACGAUAUCAAGGGCAAGCAGCUUGGCUUUGGUCAGAAGCCUGAUUACAUCACAGUGAAGGGAACGGUGAAUUUCAUCAAGCAUGACACGGGUAUUUACUACCAGGCUUGCCCCAAGUGUCAGAAGAAGGUUGUGGCUGACGUCGCUCAGAACUACACAUGCGAGAAAUGCCAGACUUCCUAUCCGAACUGCGAGAACCGCUACAUUCUCUCGGUGAUUAUGCUGGACCACACUGGCAGCACGUGGACAACAUGCUUCAACGACCAAGGCAAGGUAGUGAUGGGCGGCCGGACAGCGGAUGAAAUCGGCGAGCUUCGUGAUACGAAUCCGGCGCUGUUCGAGUCAAUUUUCAAGGAGGCGUUGUUCAAGCAGUACGUGUGCCGGCUUCGGGUGAAGGCUGAGAAUGUGCAGGAGGAGCUUCGUGUGAAGGCUGGCGUCGUGAACCUGGAGCCCGUCAACUUUGUGCAAGAGUCAAAAGAUCUGCUCCAAGCCAUUGCCCAGUACAAUUGAUUGGCUAAGGCAAGCAAGAACGGGCGAAGAGAAUGGUAGUUGUGUGUCAUCGGUCUAGACUUGUUCUGACUGUGGCGCUGACUUUAUGAAUUCGUGUUUACAACUACUUAUUUUCCACCGUUAACGUCGAUAUGUCUCGAGUUUGCUGGCGGUUUCCACUUGACUGCUGUUGCGAUGAUCUGCUAGACUCAUCAGGGUCAAGUUGUCGUCUCAGAGUCAUGUAAAACGGCACGUUCUUCUGCACAAAUGGGUCGUUGAUAAAGAUGCUAGCCUCUGGCACCACAUGUGUGGACGCCUUCCCAAUAGCAGAGCGGAAAGGUCCUCCUAUCCAUCGCAGCUUGCUCCUCUACAAGAAAUCGUUCAUGAGAACAAAUUCUAAACCAAAUCUACAAUUCUUGCGUUCGUACCUGU